AUGGUUGAACUCGAUGUCAUAGAUCGUGCCAACCAAAAUGAUUCUCUGUUCUACACAAUGCCAAAUGUCUGUCCAGUGGUUGAGUUGGCACUGGUAGGCCACCAGCAGCCAUGUGUCCAAGCCUUCAGUCGUAUGGUCAAGAUGUGGAAACAAGGCUGCACGAAGAGGAGAUGGUGCAUGGGGUACGAGAGAAGGUCUGGCUACUACACAGUUUACAAGCAGGUGUACAAACUGGAGCAUCAGACUGUCUAUAAGUGCUGCCCUGGAUGGGUUCAACGUGACAGAGAACCUGGCUGUUUGCACUUGCUGUGCACCGUUGGCACUUGUUUCAAUGGAGGGAAGUGUUCUGAAACUGGAUCCCAGAUGUGUCAGUGUCCUGCAGGAUUUCAGGGUCCUCGCUGCCAGUAUGAUGUAAAUGAAUGUACCACUGAGAAUGGUGGCUGUCAGGACCAGUGCUGUAAUACCAUCGGCAGCUACCACUGCAAGUGUCCAGCUGGCCAGAAACUGGAGGGAGAUGGAAAAUCAUGUGGAGAUGUGGAUGAGUGCACGGUGGUGAAUGGUGGCUGCCAGCAGGGUUGUGUCAACACACAGAGCUCCUUCUAUUGCCAGUGCCAGGCGGGAUUCAGGCUGCACGCUGACGGCCGCACAUGCAUAGCCAUCAAUUCCUGCAGUGUUAACAAGGGAGGCUGUGAGCAGCAGUGCAUUCAGCUCAGUGAAGACCAUUACAAGUGCCAGUGCCAGCCAGGCUACCAGCUGAAGAGGGAUGCCAAGUCCUGUGAAGACAUUGAUGAGUGUGCAGAAGGGAGAGCCAGGUGUGCUCAUCGUUGUGUGAACACUCUGGGAUCCUUCACCUGUGCCUGUAAUCCGGGUUUCGAGCUGGGCGCUGAUGGAAAGCAGUGCUACCGCAUCGAAAUGGAAAUCAUUGACAGCUGCCAGGCUGACAACGGAGGCUGCUCACAGCGCUGCCAGCACACGGCGGCAGGGCCACGCUGUUCCUGCGACCACGGCUAUCGCCUCCACCCUGACGGCAGGACCUGCACAGAGGUGGACGAGUGUGAGACUGGAGAGUCCUGCUGCUCUCAAUUCUGCAUCAACUAUGCGGGAGGCUAUGAGUGUGCCUGCAAAGCAGGGUUCCAGCCCAGCGCCGACGGCUGCGCCUGUGACGAUGUUGAUGAAUGUCAUCUUGAUAAUGGCAACUGUGACCACUUCUGUGUUAAUUCUCUGGGGUCGUACGAGUGUGCAUGUAAGGAGGGUUACAGGCUUGGUGCCAACAGGAGGUCCUGCAUCGACCUAGGUGGGGAAGAGGUGGAUGUGGAGGAGGCCACAGGGUUUGCUGGAACUCCAGGGCUGCAGUUCAGAGGUCCCCCUCAGCUCCUUCACUAUGCCCUCGGUGCCCUCAACGAGGAUGAAGACCCACGAGGAGAGCUCACCCUGGUACACAGGGUCGUUUGCCUUGAUAACACGUUUGGCAAUGACUGUAGCUUGAGCUGUGAGGAUUGUCUGAACGGAGGCAGCUGCAACAGUGAACGCAGUGGCUGUGUUUGCCCACCCGGAUGGACUGGAAUUAUCUGUAAUGAAACUUGCUCCCCCGGGACAUAUGGCAGAGGCUGUGCCAGCAUUUGCAAGUGCCAGAAUGGAGGUUCCUGUGACCCCAUCACAGGGCAGUGCCACUGCCCGCCCGGUGUGCAUGGCAAGCUCUGUGAGGAUGGUUGCCCAAAAGGAUUCUUUGGGAAGAACUGUGACAAACCUUGCAACUGUGCCAACAACGGCUACUGCCACAGACUCUAUGGAGCCUGCCUGUGUGACCCUGGGCUCUAUGGGCGCUUCUGCCACCUCACCUGUCCCAGGUGGGCUUUCGGAGCUGGCUGCUCAGAGGAGUGUCAGUGCGUGAAGGAGCAGACGCUGGAAUGCAGCGCCAGGAAUGGGACCUGCACCUGCAAGCCUGGUUAUCAUGGCAAGAAGUGUCAGAAAGAGUGCUUGCCUGGCUUUUAUGGAGCUGGUUGCAAGCUGAGGUGCAGCUGUCCUCCUGAUGCUUUGUGCGAUCAUGAGACGGGAGCCUGCAAGCAUCCGUGUCCACCUGGGUUUCAUGGAGAAAAAUGCCAUUUGUCUUGUCAGCCUGGGAGCUUUGGGGUGAACUGCCAGCAGAGGUGCAGCUGUGGAGAAGCACCGUGCCACCCGAAGACAGGGCAGUGUCUUUGCCCAGCUGGGAAGACUGGUGCUACAUGUGAGCAAGAUUGCCCAGUGGGAUGGUGGGGACCAGACUGCCAGUCCUCCUGUGAGCCCUGCACCAAUGGAGGCCAAUGCAACAAAGAAACUGGAGCCUGUGACUGCCCCCCUGGCUACACUGGGCCAUCCUGCUCCGCAUCCUGCCCUGAUGGUUCCUACGGACCAAGCUGCCUGCUGGUGUGCAGCUGUGGCAGCAGUGCUCAGUGUCACCAUGUCACAGGAGAGUGCAUGUGUCCCCCUGGCUGGACCGGCCACGACUGCGAACAGCCCUGCAGCGGUGGCCGCUGGGGACAGCACUGUGAAAACUCCUGCGUGUGCAACAACAGCGACGGGAGCUGCGACCCGGUCACUGGCUCCUGCUUCUGUGAGCCAGGAUUCACUGGGAAACACUGUGAGCAGAGAUGCCCCGAGGGAAGCUUUGGCCUGAGCUGCGAGGGCAGCUGUCAGUGCCAGAACGGAGCUGCCUGCGACCACGUGAGUGGAGCCUGUACUUGCACAGCAGGAUGGACAGGAACCUUUUGUGAAAGAGCUUGUCCAGAUGGAUUCUUUGGGCUCGACUGCCACCAGGUGUGCAAGUGCAAGAAUGCUGCUGGCUGCGACCACAUCCUGGGAACCUGCCGCUGCCUCCCCGGCUGGCUGGGAGAGACCUGCGAGCAGCCCUGUCCACAUGGAUGGUAUGGUGCAAACUGUCAGCAGCUCUGUGUCUGCCAUGGCCAAGCAACGUGUCACAGUGUGACGGGAGAGUGCCGCUGUCCCCAGGGCCGGAUGGGGAUAGCGUGUGAGCUGGAGUGUGGUGACAGGAGAUUUGGAGAGGGCUGUGAGCAGAACUGUAGCUGUCACCAUGGAGUUUGUGACCUGCACUCAGGGAAAUGCAUCUGCCACAACGGCUGGACUGGGGACCGCUGUGAUGUUGUCUGUCCCCCAGGAUUUUUCGGCGAGCGCUGUGAGGAGCAAUGUGACUGCUUGCAUGCCUUGUCCUGCCACCAUCAAACUGGAGCAUGUCACUGUGAAAAGGGAUGGCGAGGGAGGCACUGUGACAAACCUUGCUUGCCUGGCCGCUAUGGCACAGGGUGUGCCCAGCGGUGCCGGUGUCCAGCUGGUGUCCCCUGCCAUCACCUGACAGGUCACUGUGGCUGUCCUCCAGGAUUCACUGGCUACGGCUGCCAGAAAACUUGUCCACCAGGCACGUAUGGUGAGAACUGUAACCGAGUGUGUCAGUGCUCUGCUGAGAAUGAAGAGUGUCACCCAGUGACCGGCGUCUGUGCAUGCCGCCCGGGGUACCAUGGGGCCCGCUGCCAUCUCCGAUGUCCAAAAGGUACUUAUGGUUCCAACUGCCAAAACCUCUGCAAGUGCAUGAAUGGAGGCCACUGCGACCCCGCAGCAGGGACUUGCGAUUGCGCGCCUGGCUUCAUCGGAGCCGACUGCAGUCAAACUUGCCCUGAAAACCGAUACGGGAAGGACUGCACCCAGUUGUGUGCCUGUGGUAAAGGUCAGUGUGACCCACGGACUGGCAAGUGUACCUGUCCUCCUGGCCAAAUGGGACCUGGCUGUCAGCAAGUGUGUCCCCAGGGACAAUAUGGCCCCAACUGCCACCUAACAUGUACCUGUCAGAAUGGUGGCAUCUGUGACCACGUGGAUGGCAACUGCACCUGUGGGCUUGGCUGGACAGGAAGAUGGUGUGAGAAAGAAUGUCUUCCAGGGAAGUACGGGUCAGGCUGCAGAUUGGACUGUGUGUGCCAGCACAACGGCACCUGCGACAGGUUCACAGGCUGCUGCCAGUGUCCCCAGGGUUACUACGGCCACUCCUGCGAGCACAGAUGUCCCCUUGGAUUUUAUGGGCUCAACUGUCUUCAUGCGUGUGCCUGUGAAAAUGGAGCGAGCUGCGAUGCAGUGACAGGACAGUGCCUUUGUCCUUUGGGCUAUCAAGGUGUCCACUGUGAAAAAGGCUGUGACAAGGGGUGGUUUGGAGAGAGAUGCCAGCACCGGUGUGACUGUGGGGAUGCUCCUUGUGACCCAGAAACUGGAAAGUGCCUUUGCCCACCUGGGAAGACUGGAGACAAAUGUGACAUUGAAUGCAGGUCGGACCGGUAUGGCCCCAACUGCUCCCUGCGAUGCCAGUGUGCCAGCAAAUCCCAGUGCAAUCCAUACAAUGGCAACUGUGUAUGCCCAGCCACGUGGAUGGGGCCAACCUGCAAAGAAGGUGGCCCCCCGAAGCUUCCUUUUUAUGAAGAGCAAACUCAAGAAAGAGGGAAUAUUUUUCCAAGAGCUCUACAACAGUAACAUUUGGACUAAUAAAUGAACUGUUUUAUAUGCACAGACGGUAUUUGAAUUUGGAUAUGAAAACAGCUAUUCAAUUCAGCUUGAAUUGUACUGAAGUAUUCACACUUCUUAUGGAAGACUACAGAGGCCAUUUAGUAGCUGGAUCCUUUUAAAAGGUUGAAUCUGUUUCAUGUAUUUAUUCUCAGCCUCUUACCCUUCCAUUAAUCUGCUCUGGACAUUCUUUUUGAUAUAUAACAUAAUUGUUUGAAGGUUUGGAUAUGAUUUUAAUCAGACCAGCUCCAAAGAGUAUCAGGAUGUGUAACAUAUCAGCACGCAGUGACCACGUGUAAGUGACUUGCUAAACCUACUCAGCAACCAGCGUG